AAAAUAGGAGAUUAACACUUGCACAAGUUAAAAAAAGAAAAAUAGAUCUUUCUCUUCUCUCCUCUAUAUUCUUAACUCUCAUAAUUUUCUUUUUGGUUUGUUUUGUAGCGAAGUGCAGCAGUGUUUCAACUGCCAAACACAAGAAAUACAUUCGCACCCUUACCAACUACCCGUUGCAUCUGUAUCGACUUGACAUCUUGAAGAAAUUCAUUGGAGUGUCUGUGGAAAAAAUCACUUCUUUUGUGCAUAGAAUCAAACACCUGGUGGGCAAUAGCAAAAGAAGGAAACCAUGGAUGUUGAUUCACAGCAGACAAUGGAGGAAACUAUCCUGGUGGGUGAUGAUCUGAUGAUGGGCCCGCCAUCACCUCUCAUUCCACCUGAGAUAGCGUCUCAUGUACUCGAAGGUGUUGAUCUCUGCGACGGAAUCUUGAGGAAUCUGUUCCUUUGCUUACAAAUCAAUGAUAUUGAGCCAUUCUGUCAGGAUGAGAUUGCUUUGUAUCGGCAAUGUGCAGAGAGAAGGGAUAAGGAGCUUAGGCAACGCCUUCAAGAUAGUGAACAGAAAUUAGGAUUGUCAAUGCCUCUAGAUCAAGCAAAAGAUCGAGCCACUCAACUAGAAUCAGAAGUCACAUUACUGGAGAGGCGCUUGAUUUUGGCAAGUGGAGCUGAAGGUAUGGAUGGUUUUCGGCAGCGAUGGAGUCUACAUGGUCGCCUAACUGAUACCAAGAAAAGGCUGGAGGCCCUGAAGGGGGGAAUGGAGAACAGGAAGAAGGAUGAGCCAGCUGAAAUUGAACCUGCCAAGAAAAGAUGGUUCUUCUGGUGAAAACAAUGGUUACAUGGUCGUAUAUAUUACUACCAUCACAUUCAAUAAUUUAUUAUGUUUUAUUGCAUUUUAUUCCUUUCUUGCACCUUGUUUCUAUCCUUUUUUUUGAAGGGGAAUUUGAUCUUUUUUUACUGGUAAAGAACCCCACGCUUAAGUAUGUAUACUCAAGUCCUUUACCAUUUCAAAAAAAAAAAAUGUAUACUCAAGUCAGAUAGUGCAGCAAUGAAGUAGCUCAUGUUUUAGUGUUAGAAGUGUGUUCGUAGAGGACUUUGUUUCCAUGACUUACGAUUCAUACUCUGGAAGAGAGGAAACUUUGUACUUAUCUCCUUGUUUGAUGUAUAGAUUGUUACUGGCAACUGGAUUCGCCAACAAAAGCAAAUGUUUUAUGGUUUCCUAGGUUUGACAACUUUUUAUUAUCA